AUGGAGGAAGCCCCUUUUUCCUUUCUCUCAAUUUGUCGUUUAACUAAAAAUUCUUUUUUUCUCCCAACAGAAGAACUGUGCCAAUGUCCCCACAAAUGCGACGCGAGCGUCCCGUUGGAGGCGCGCCGUCGUCUUUUCGAACACUUCUACGGCCUCGGGGAGGCCGACCUGCAGAACCAGUUCCUGCGCAAGCACAUGGACCUCAGAGCGAGGUUGAACGCCCCCACGCCGCCGCUGUCCUGCAGCUCGCCCGACGGAGGCGGAGGAAGCGGAAGACCGCCUCGUCGCAUCACCUGCAAGUACCUGGUGCCGUUGCUACCCUCCGACGAUACCGUCGAGGUGUGUCAGAAGGCGUUCGUCAGCGCUUUCGUCAUCACGACCAAGAGGGUCAGGCUGCAAAGGGAGAAGCUGAUUGCUAGUUUGGGGUUGAACAGCUACAGCAGUCAUAACAGGAGUAAGAAUAACAAUAACAAUCCAGCAACAGCAAACAACAACAAACUACCAGUUACCUCUGCUAUCUGUGAGACCAACAAUAAUUCAGUAUUGUCCAAGAAGUCCAGCAAACUGAAUCUCCAACUGUAUUCUGCGACACAGUCAUGUGAUGAAGCCAUGGACCUGAGCAGUACAUCAGAAUCAAGGAAAUCUGAUGAGAUACUGCGAGCUGCCAUGUCAGCUGGCCGCAACGCGCAGCAUCACCAUUUGAGAAACCAGCUGCAGAAUCCAGCCAUCAACCCAGACAAUCCGCUGCUGCCUUUGGGUCUAUUUGUGCCCGAAGGCGUCACCAUAUUCCCGGUUACGGCUAGCGCAGACCACGUUCGGGACAUCGCGAUCGUCCACAACUUUUUCAGCAAUCAGCUGUGGAAGCCCGAGUACAUCGGCGCCUAUUCAUGAGGAUGACCUUCAAAGAGGACACCUCGGAAAACACUACACCCGUACAUCCUGUACUUAGUCCAAUUAGUUACACAUUUCUACCAACAGGUGGUUCGUCUACUUUGAGGAUAUGUUUAUAGAUUACUUAAUGGCAAGGAGCUUGAGAGAGUAAGUUUAUCUCGUAUAAUUGUGUUUUGGAUCUGGGGCAGAGUUUCACGUUGCAAAUAGCGCCACGAAAAUUUGGCAAUAAUUGGUUCGGUUGUUUUUUCGCGGCGAAAAUAAAGUGUGAAAAUACCUAAAAAACGACUAAAUGUCAUCUUGCAGACUAGCUGGUUUGUAGUAUGCAAAUAGUUCAUUCCACGUUUAGGCAACACGUACAUCUACGAAACGAGUUCACAACAAGUGUGCUAAGUUAACAUCUUGUAGAAAAACAUACGUCAUAUCACAAAAAAAACUACGAAAUGUCAAAAAAAAACGAUAAAAUGUCACUCUUCAAGAUACAUAACACCCGUGCCGGGAUUGACAGUUCGAUGCCUGAAUGUUUAAAAAUUAUUAAUUACGACAGAAAAACUGUGUUGAUAUUCAGACAUCGCACUACCAGUCCUCGAUCCUAUCGAAAUCUGUACGUGUGUGCAGCUUUAUGGGAUUCAUACCAACUAAAACGUGCAGGAUUUGAUGUUAUCUUACGAAUUUUUGGAUCAUGUUGCUGAAGAAGCAGAAUGUUUAAUUCUUUCCAAUGAGAUCCUACCUGUGACGUAAGUUUGUAUACAAAUCAGGAAUAUCAUCUCACUAUAGUAUCAUCAACCAAAACAGAAAAAUUAUUUUUUUGCAAUUGACGUUUUCUUCGAAGAAACUGCUUGUAUUCCCCAUACUACAUUGUGGAAUUCUGAUAGCUGUAAAAAGUCUGUAAUUUUACUUUUUGUGGUUUGGGUCAUACAGCUUCAAAAUACAAUUUUAAAGAGAUUCGACCAUUGCCCACACGUAAACAGGUUCAUAUUCGUUCAUAUGAUUGUAUGAGACUCAUCAUUAUAUGGAGAUCUAGUUCUGUACCUCAGAGCCCGACUAGGUUAAGUCCAAAUAAGUAGUUUUGAGAUAAUUAUAUAUGAAAUAUUUUUCUUGCAUUGUAUUGAAUACGACUUGAUAUGAGUUAAAAAGUCGUAAAUUCCUUAUUAUUAAAGAUAGAUGGACGCUGCAUGUAGCAAAUGAAAAUUCACAAUAUUAACAUGCGCUUAAAAUAUUAAACUCAUUUUUGACAAAAAUGGACUUAACCUAGUCUGGCUCUGGGGUACAGAGUUGUUUUGAAGAUCCAAAUAUGGGCAAUGAGAGGAUAUUAACUUCGAUGAUGAUGAUGCUAAAUAUCUUUUACAAACUAGCAGUGGAAGUGACCUUAUUUCAUCUUUUAACGUGUACGUACACACAUGUCAUUUAUUAAAUUUUCAGCAGAAACAUGAAUCUUGCAUUUUACAGAAGAUCAUCGUGAAGUAACCUUAUCAAGUUUACUAUCAGGUCAGGCUUGACCAAAGUGGUCACUCCGAGACACUUUUAAAAUUCGACUUACCAAUGCUUCUACAAGUCUGCGAAAAUUUCAGUGUCUUUGCAUAUUAGAAUUAUAUGUCCAAUGGGAAAGUUCACUUUUUUAUUUAAGAAAAAAAAAUACAAACUUAAUGAAAAGAAAAUAUAUAUUACUAUCAACAUAUUCGUAAAUUCCGAAGGUUUUAUUUCUUAAAUAUCAUUCCGUCCAAAGGUUUGCCAUCAAUCCGAACACACUCUUCUAAUCGCGCGCGCAAAUCCUGAAACACUCUUGCAGAGUUCCAGAGUGAUGUUUUAUUUCUUGUCGAAUGCUGUCUUUAAGCUCCCUCCAGUGUUCGUGGAUUAUCGGAAUACACUUUUGACUUUAGAUAACCCCACAAAAAUAAUCGCAGGGCCUGAGGUCGGGUGACCUAGGAGGCCAGUGAAUGUCUCCAAACUUCGAUAUAACUUUUUGAGGAAAAAGUGCUUUCACUGUGUCCUAUUCUCUGGAAGUACGGGCAUUGGCCCCAUCCUGUCCACUCUUAAAAGAAGCCUCGAUAGCAAAAGCACGUUGCGCUCCGGUCCAACGUUCCAAUGUGACUAUUUAGCCCGCACGCCGAACGCUUUGAUCACGACAUCACUUCCUCGCGUAUAGGGUUUCCGCGUAAUUCAAAUUUGAAAUGUCCCACUGGACACCCUGUAGAUGAAGCUGUUACGUUAUAACAUGAGUAAAAAAAUUUUUUCAGGCUCUACAGUUGCCUUAAAGAUGUUCCUAAGGUUAUAAAAAGUGCCUUUUUGUGUGGUCCCAAUGUAGUUACCAUUUUUAUGCAUGUUUCUGCUGGAAUAAAAACACUACAUGGAUGUAAUGUCCUAUGGGUCAUAACAACGAGAAAUAUGUAACUCAAGGUAUUUUGGAUGAUUGUACUUAUCAUGUAACACACUUAAACCACUUCAUCUUGUAGCUUUAAAUAAUCUGUAAAUUAAUCUUCAUACGGUGGAUCAGUUUACCUUUUACGUAUUAUUUAUAAAUACUUAGAUUUACACUUAUUUGGGAGAAGCUUAUAUAGAUAUGUAUAUUUACUUAUUGUUUGUUCGGUUAGAUAUUCUAUACAGUUACACUAGUUUUAAAUGUGUCUUUGUGAUAGUCCGAUAGUGAGGCAUACUUUAUAAACCGGCAUACUUUAGAUAGCGCAGUGCUUGGGUGUUGGGAAUGGACAAUGUAAAGCUCAAUACUUGAUGGCAUGCUGCUAGAGGUAGCACAGGAUUACCUAUUUUGGUUCCGUUGCGUCUUGUAGAACUUCGGAUUUCACUCUUUUUUCACUUGAAACUUAUAGAGGGUAGUCUUAUAGAUUAUUUUAAAUCAUUAAAAGUGUGUAUGAAGCACGCUUUUCAUGAAAUUUUUCCCCAUCAUUUCCACCGCCAUCUAG